UUUCAGCAAGAGGGGAAAAGAGAGAGCGCGUGAGAGAGAGACAGCAAAGCAGUCCCAGGCUUCCUUGUCUCUCACGUCAGAGGCAGGAACCUACUGUGCUAAGGCUGUUGGCUCAACACGCAGAGACCAAGAAAGGCACAGACACAGAGAGCGAGAGAAGAGGGGUCCCCCCUGACCCAAGGAAUUACCACCAGUGGAGUAAAGCCACCUGACUUUUUAAUCUUAUUUUUGUUGCCUCCUCUUUCUCCCUCCACUCUAGCCCUGUCAGCCUGGGUUUCAUUUCUUUCGUGGAGCCUCCUCUCUUCCUCCCAGAAAAGGAGGAAGGGAAGAAAAGGGAGAGAGGUGGGUUCUCUAGGUGAGCGCAUCAGCUGGUUCCAGCUCGCACAGACAAGAAUUCUCUUCGCAGGAAGCUCCUCUCGCUCCCCUGCCGCCCACCCUCAGCCGGGUGGACGUUUGCUGCACGUGCACAGAGGCCAGGUCUCUUGGAGUUGGGAUUGAAGAGCGUGUGGGGAAGAGAAAACAUCGAAGACACCGUCACUAAAGAUUCCCGCAGCUCGGUGCUGGGAGCUGCAGGCUGGUCUCGAACCCAGAGCUCUGGCCGAGAGGAUGGGGGUAGACGGGGAAACGGUGGUCCUGAAGAACAUGCUCAUCGGGGUCAACCUGAUCCUUCUGGGCUCCCUGCUCAAGCCUUCCGAGUGUCAGCUGGAGGUCACCACCGAGAGGGUCCAGAGACAGGCGGUGGAGGAGGAAGGAGGUGUUGCCAGUUACAACGCCUCCGGCAAAGAGCGGCCGGUGGUCUUCAACCACGUGUACAACAUCAACGUGCCCCUGGACAGCCUCUGCUCCUCGGGGCUGGAGGCCUCGGCCGAGCAGGAGGUGAGUGCCGAAGACGAGGCAUUGACAGAGUACACGGGCCAGACCUCAGACCACGAGAGCCAGGUCACCUUCACCCACAGGAUCAACCUCCCCAAAAAGGCCUGCCCGUGCGCCGGCUCCGCCCGGGUGCUACAGGAGCUGCUGAGCCGGAUCGAGAUGCUGGAAAGGGAGGUGUCGGUGCUGCGGGACCAGUGCAACAGCAACUGCUGCCCGGAAAGCGCGGCCACAGGACAACUGGACUAUAUCCCUCACUGCAGCGGCCAUGGCAACUUCAGCCUCCAGUCCUGCGGCUGCAUCUGCAAUGAAGGCUGGUUCGGCAAGAACUGCUCUGAACCGUACUGCCCCCUGGACUGCUCCAGCCGGGGCGUGUGUGUGGACGGCCAGUGCAUCUGUGACAGCGAGUACAGCGGGGGCGACUGCUCAGAGCUCCGGUGCCCAACGGACUGCAGCUCCCGGGGGCUCUGCGUGGACGGGGAGUGUGUCUGCGAAGAGCCUUACACGGGCAAGGACUGCAGCGAGCUGAGGUGCCCCGGGGACUGUUCGGGGAAGGGGAUAUGCACCAAUGGCACCUGUUUCUGCCAGGAGGGCUACAUGGGUGAGGACUGCAGCCAGCAGCGGUGUCUGAACGCCUGCAGUGGGCGAGGACACUGCCAGGAGGGGCUCUGCUUCUGUGAAGAGGGCUACCAGGGCCCUGACUGCUCGGCAGUUGCCCCUCCAGAGGACUUGCGAGUGGCUGGUAUCAGCGACAGGUCCAUUGAGCUGGAAUGGGACGGGCCGAUGGCAGUGACGGAAUAUGUGAUCUCUUACCAGCCGACGGCCCUGGGGGGCCUCCAGCUCCAGCGGCGGGUACCUGGAGAUUGGAGUGGUGUCACCAUCACGGAGCUGGAGCCAGGUCUCACCUACAACAUCAGCGUCUACGCUGUCAUUAGCAACAUCCUCAGCCUUCCCAUCACUGCCAAGGUGGCCACCCAUCUCUCUACCCCUCAAGGCCUACACUUCAAGACGAUCACGGAGACCACUGUAGAGGUGCAAUGGGAGCCCUUCUCAUUCUCCUUCGAUGGAUGGGAGAUCAGCUUCAUUCCAAAGAAUAAUGAAGGAGGGGUGAUUGCACAGCUCCCCAGUGAUGUAACAUCCUUCAAUCAGACAGGACUAAAGCCGGGGGAGGAAUACAUUGUCAAUGUGGUGGCUCUGAAAGAGCAAGCCCGGAGCCCCCCUACCUCGGCCAGCGUCUCUACCGUCAUUGAUGGGCCAACACAGAUCCUGGUUCGAGAUGUCUCGGACACCGUGGCCUUCGUGGAGUGGACCCCACCUCGAGCCAAAGUCGACUUCAUCCUCUUGAAGUAUGGCUUGGUGGGCGGGGAAGGCGGGAAAACCACUUUCCGGCUCCAGCCCCCACUGAGCCAAUACUCAGUGCAGGCCCUGCGGCCCGGCUCCCGCUAUGAGGUGUGGGUCAGUGCCGUCCGUGGGACCAACGAGAGCCAGUCCACGACCACCCAGUUCACAACAGAGAUUGAUGCCCCCAAGAACCUGCGGGUUGGCUCCCACACGGCCACCAGUCUUGAUCUGGAGUGGGACAACAGUGAAGCAGAGGUCCAGGAGUACAAGGUCGUGUACAGCACCCUCGCGGGUGAGCAGUACCACGAGAUGCUGGUCCCCAAGAGUAUCGGUCCAACCACCAGAGCCACCCUCACAGAUUUGGUGCCUGGCACGGAGUAUGGAGUUGGAAUAUCCGCAGUCAUGAAUUCACAGCAAAGUGUACCGGCCACCAUGAAUGCCAGGACUGAACUCGAUAGUCCCCGAGACCUCAUGGUGACAGCCUCCUCGGAAACCUCCAUCUCCCUCAUCUGGACCAAGGCCAACGGCCCCAUUGACCACUACCGAAUUACCUUUACCCCGUCCUCCGGGAUCGCCUCAGAAGUCACUGUGCCCAAGGACAGAACCUCAUACACACUGACAGAUCUAGAGCCUGGGGCAGAGUACAUCAUUUCAAUCACUGCUGAGAGGGGUCGGCAGCAAAGCUUCGAAUCCACCGUGGAUGCCUUCACAGGCUUCCGCCCCAUCUCCCAUUUGCACUUUUCUCACGUGACCUCCUCCAGCGUAAACAUAACCUGGAGUGACCCAUCCCCUCCAGCAGACAGACUCAUUCUGAACUACAGCCCUCGGGAUGAAGAGGAAGAGAUGACAGAGAUCUCCCUGGAAGCUACCAAGAGGCACACUGUCCUGAUGGGUCUGCAGCCAGCCACCGAGUACAUCGUGAACCUGGUGGCAGUCCAUGGCACAGUGACCUCUGAACCCAUUGUGGGCUCCAUCACCACAGGAAUUGAUCCCCCCAAAGACAUCACAGUUAGCAAUGUGACCAAGGACUCAGUUAUGGUCUCCUGGAGCCCUCCUGUUGCAUCAUUUGAUUACUACCGAGUAUCGUAUCGGCCAACACAAGUGGGACGGCUGGACAGCUCAGUGGUGCCCAACACGGUGACAGAAUUCACCAUCACCAAGUUGCAUCCAGCCACUGAAUAUGAAAUAAGUCUCAACAGUGUGCGGGGCAGAGAGGAGAGUGAGCGCGUCUGCACCCUCAUUCACACAGCCAUGGACAACCCUGUGGAUCUGAUCGCCACCAACAUCACUCCAACAGAAGCCCUACUGCAGUGGAAGGCACCAGUGGGUGAAGUGGAGAACUAUGUCAUUGUUCUCACACACUUUGCAGUUGCUGGAGAGACCAUCCUGGUUGAUGGAGGCAGUGAGGGAUUCCAGCUCGUUGGCCUGCUUCCCAGCACCCACUAUACUGUCACUAUGUAUGCCACCAGUGGACCUCUCACCAGUGGUACCAUCAGCACCAACUUCUCUACCCUCCUGGACCCUCCUGCAAACCUGACGGCCAGUGAAGUCACCAGACAAAGUGCCCUGAUCUCCUGGCAGCCUCCCAGAGCAGAGAUUGAAAACUACAUCUUAACCUACAAAUCCACUGAUGGAAGCCGCAAGGAGCUGAUUGUGGACGCAGAGGACACGUGGAUCCGACUGGAGGGCCUUUCUGAGAGCACAGACUACACGGUGCUCCUGCAGGCGGCCCAGGACACUGCCCGGAGCAGCCUCACCUCCACCACCUUCAUCACAGGGGGCCGGGUGUUUCCUCAUCCUCAAGACUGUGCCCAGCAUUUGAUGAAUGGAGACACUCUGAGUGGGGUUUACACCAUCUUCCUCAAUGGAGAGCUAAGCCGGAAGUUACAGGUGUACUGCGAUAUGACCACCGAUGGGGGUGGCUGGAUUGUAUUCCAGAGACGGCAGAAUGGCCAAACCGAUUUUUUCCGGAAAUGGGCUGAGUACCGUGUUGGCUUCGGGAACCUGGAGGAUGAGUUUUGGCUGGGGCUGGAUAACAUACACAGGAUCACAUCCCAGGGCCGCUACGAGCUGCGUGUGGACAUGCGUGACGGCCAGGACGCCGCCUUCGCCUACUAUGACAAGUUCUCUGUGGAGGACGGCAGAAACCUGUACAAACUGCGCCUGGGAGUCUACAAUGGCACCGCAGGGGACUCCCUCAGCUAUCAUCAGGGACGCCCUUUCUCCACAGAGGACAGAGACAAUGAUGUUGCAGUUACCAACUGCGCCAUGUCAUACAAGGGGGCCUGGUGGUACAAGAACUGCCACCGGACCAACCUCAAUGGGAAAUAUGGAGAGUCCAGGCACAGUCAGGGGAUCAACUGGUACCAUUGGAAAGGCCACGAGCUCUCCAUCCCUUUUGUGGAAAUGAAGAUGCGCCCUUACAGCCACCGUCUCACGGCGGGGAGGAAACGGCGGUCCUUGCAGUUCUGAGCAGUGGGCGGCCGCGGGCCAGCUGACCUUCUCUGUCAUCUGUUUGUAUCUUAUAAUAUGAAACAAGGGGUGGGGGGUAAGAGUAAUGUGCUUUGCAACAUGUUAAGGGUGUUUGAGGAAGCAGGCCGCAGCUGCUCGUGGUUUCUGCUGGCCCGGGCCUGGCCCUCGGCCUCCAUUCUCCCUCCCAGCCAGUCAUCCGGAACCUUCCCCUCUUUUCCCACCAAGGAGGGAAAGUGUGAAAUAUUUUUUUAAAAGACCGAUUUAAAGGCAAGUCCUGGAGUCAGAUUGCUAUGGCAACGGGCCUUCUUUUCCUGCCCUCCUAUGAGCUGCCCUUCCCUUCCAGGUAUUUGUGCUCUGGUCACUGCCUUGGAUGGCCAGGUUCUCUCACCAGCCCACGGCAGAAGCCUCGGCACGAGAGCUCCGCCAACAGCUCCCCGUAAGAGGAAACAGAUGAGUCUCACUGCAUCCCGACAGCCCAAGUUCUUUUUAAUGGGCCAAAGAUUCUCAUUUUCUGACACUCUUACCAGCCCAGUGUCCUAUUGCCUUCUGAGAUCAGUGGCCUCUUUUCCAGCCCCAAUCAAUCGUGUGCCUACCGCCCUCCGACCCUUAGACGCCCACGGCCCCACGAGCCCAGCCACUGUUUGCUCUGGACUCUGGUUCCCAAGGCAUUGCCCACACCUGGCCCUGGGCUGUACAGUGGCUGUGUCCCUGAGGGUCUUAAGUCACUGCCCCCUCUCUCGGGUCUGACAGACAGCAACUUCCUUUGUGGGUGAAAGGGGGAGAUGGUUGUAGAUUUAGUGCUUUGGAGUCACACAGUGAGGAAAGGACAAAAGAAGUAGAAAUCAAGGCAUCUGCCAUUUGAGAUUACAGGUCCCGUGGGAAACACA